AUGGCAACCUCUUCACAAGAAGAAAUACCCCACCACCACUUUCUUCUCCCUCCCAAUCCUAUGCCUAAAAGAGAAACUUCUUCACAUGAAGAAUACUCCUAUGGACUUCCAAACGAUCUUAUUGAACGAAUCAUCCCAUCGUUGCCUGUAAAAUCCAUCUGCAAGUUUAAGUGCUUGUCAAAAUCAUGGAAACAAUUUCUCUCCUCUCUCUACCUUGCUCGAAUCCAUUAUAUCUCUCAUCGCUUACCUUCUGCCCCUUUUGCCCUCUUCUAUACCAUGAAGGGCUUCUUUUGCCUACGCCUCUCUGAUAUAGUGAACGGCGCAAAGAUACCCCUGAAACCCAUAAAAUUAUUAAGUGGUGAUCAUCACAAGCAAAUCAAUGUAGCAUCGCAUAGCAACGGCUUGGUGUGCUACAUGCCCUGGGAAUUCAAUGAUGCUCUGCCCCUCGCGAUCUGUAACCCCGCAACGCAUGACCACAUUGCCCUCCCUAGGCUCCCACAAUGGUCUAGAAAAUCUAAAGGCCGCAUCCUUGGGUUUUAUUUCAACCCUAGUAGCGUAUCCUUCACAAUUUUGGUGACCUUUUUCCUAUAUACAACGAUUGGUGUUGAGCAUUGGUUGUUUAGCUCCUCCAAUGGAUACUGGAAGAAAAUAACAGAUGGUUUUGAAUUGUUUCCUCAUCCGGCUACUUACUUGUGCAUAAAAGGAAGAUGUUACCGACUCUACAAUGACUAUCAAACAGCUCGCAUCAGGGUUGCAAUCUUUGAUUUGGAUAGAGGGAAGUGGGCAACCCUUGCGUUGCCUUCUGAAGUGAAAGCCUCGGUGACCACUCCCCUUUAUAGAGGCGACGACAAAGACGAGAAGUUCAAAUUAGUGGAGGGUGGGAGUGGAGAUAAGAUUUGCCUGGUUGAUGUGUCCAUAAAAGAAGUGCUAAGGAUUUGGAACCUUUGCCUGUUGGAGGGGAAAGCUGGGGUGAUGGUGUUCCAUUGGGAGGAGAAAGCUAGGGUUGGCCUUUGGAAAGAUUGUGAGCCUCUCCUCUGUUUUCCUUCUAGGGAUAUAAUCUUUCACCAACAUUAUGCAUUAGUAGUGGCUAUGGACCCCUCACUUACGUGUAUAAAGAAUAAAAUAGAGCUUCUACUCUACGAUGUAAGGCGAAAUAAAUUGGUGAAGAGGAGUUCUAUGAAAUUGAAUAUGAGGAGGGGGUUUCUAUGGGUGGGUUAUAAUGGGGAGGAUGGUAAGGACUAUCUAGCAGGGCACAUUCAUGUCUUUCCCUAUCGAGAAACACUCCUCCAUUGCCACUACAAGGAGUAA